CAACAACAACCACAACAACAACGACACAACAGGCGCCUUUAGUUAUUCAACAACUUGCCUUCUACAAAAUACAGUUUAUUAUAAAGCCUUCAUAAGCGUUUGCUAUUUGGUUUAUAUAUAAACAGCAUCAUGACAGCUGAAACUCCAAGCGAAUUUCAACUGAAAAAUCCUCCGACAGAUGGGAUAACUGCAGUGAAGUUUGGGCCCAACUCUAGCCAGUUUCUACUGACCUCUUCCUGGGAUACAUCUGUCCGUCUGUAUGAUGUCAUAUCUAACCAUCUACGCAUGAAAUACAACCACCCAGCCCCAGUCCUGGACUGUUGUUUUCAUGAUUCAGUUCACUGCUACAGUGGUGGAUUGGACAACACUCUGAAAGUUUAUGACUUCAACACUAAUACAGGGACAAAUGUUGGCACUCAUGAUGCGCCCAUUCGGUGUGUUGAGUACUGCCCAGAUGUGAACGUUGUUAUCACAGGCAGCUGGGACAUGUCAGUAAAGUUGUGGGACCCAAGAACACCCUGCAGCGCAGGAACAUUCCCACAACCAGACAAGGUCUACACUAUGUCAGUAUGUGGGGACAGACUGGUUGUUGGUACAGCAGGCAGGAAAGUUCUGGUUUGGGACCUUCGAAACAUGGGCUACGUACAACAGAGGAGAGAGUCCAGUCUGAAAUUCCAAACACGGAGCAUCCGUUGUUUCCCAAAUAAACAGGGCUAUGUCCUCAGUUCUAUUGAAGGUCGAGUAGCAGUGGAAUACCUUGACCCAAGUCCAGAGAUUCAAAAGCGGAAAUAUGCCUUUAAAUGUCACAGAGUGAAGGAGAAUGGCGUGGAGCUGAUAUUCCCAGUCAACGCCAUAGCCUUCCAUAACCAGCACAACACAUUUGCCACGGGAGGUUCGGAUGGAUUCGUGAAUAUCUGGGAUGGAUUUAACAAGAAGCGACUUUGUCAAUUUCACAGAUACCCGACCACAAUAGCGGCGUUGUCAUUCAGUGCUGACAGCUCAGUGCUUGCCAUAGCGACCUCAUACAUGUUCGAGAAUGAGGAAAUCACCAGCCCACCUGAGGACCAGAUCUACAUACGCAACGUCAGCGACCAGGAAACCAAACCUAAAUAAAUGAUCAUGAAGUUAUAUACAUGAAGCUGCAAUAUAAAAUAUGAAGAUUUGCUUGUGAUGUUUAUCAAGAGGAGACAAAGCCGAAAUAAACUGUCUUGAAGUUGUAUUCAUGAAGCUGCAAAUCUUGAAAAUCUUAUGAUUUAGUUAAUGAACAUGCAAACAAGCAAGGGGGAAUAAAACCGCAUGGCAAAGUGUUAUUGAGCUCUAAUUUUAAGUCUUCUUUGUUUCUAAUAUAUACAACAACCAGACUAAGCCGAUAUACAAUUUUCUGAUGUAUUUUUUACUGAUGCUGACUUUAUCAAGCUUGAAGUGAAUGGACACAUUUAAUAAUUUUAUAUUUUAUCCUGAAGUUCAAUUUGAUGCAAAUCUUACUUUCUUAUACAAGCAUGUUUGGCAGUUUUGGCUUGAGCAAUCAAUCAGUUUUUCUUCCUUUUGAUGAAUGUGUUCUCCAUUGAAGAAAAAACUUUGUAAAUAUGUUUUGUUUUAAACAUCUGUGUGUUUUUUUGCAAAGUUUUUACUUUUUCAGUAGAAGUUUCCUAUUAGGUUUGGAUGAGAUGCAUUUUUUAGAUGCUUUAUUGAUACACAGUUAUACUAAAUCUUUGCAUUUCUUGACUGGGGUUGCUAAACUUAGUCAGCCAGUUGCUAAAAAUGGCAAAUAAAUAGCUAUGAUACAUUAUGUUUUAAUGUGAAAUUAAAAACAGUUUACUCUUUACCCCCAAAAAGCAUCAUAACAUGUAUAUGAUUCAUUAUAUUUUGUGUUUCAGUAUCGUAUUGAUAAAUGUUUGUAGCAACAACUUUGCAUAAGUACUGAUUUAUAUCGGUAAACCAAACAUGAUUUUUAAACAAAUGCCCCUAUUUAAUGUAAAGCCAUUGUCUUAUAAUUAUACCCCCACAAACGAAGUUUAGGGGGGUAUAUAGGAGUGAACUUGUCUGUCGGUCGGUCGGUCAGUCUGUCUGUCGGUCCGUAUUAAGUGUCCGCUCUCUAAUUCAAGUAGUUUUCAUCCGAUCUUCACCAAAUUUGGUCAGAAGUUGUAUCUACAUGAUGUCUAGGCCAAGUUCAAACAUGGGCCUUGCCGGGUCAAAAACUAGGUCAUGGGGUCACUUAGUGCGUUUUAAACAUUCAGCAUGUUGUCCGCUCUCUAAUUCAAGUAGUUUUCAUCCGAUCUUCACCAAACUUGGUCAGAAGUUGUUUCUACAUGAUGUCUAGGCCAAGUUUGAACAUGGGCCUUGCCGGGUCAAAAACUAGGUCACGGGGUCACUUAGUGCGUUUGAAACAAUCAGCAUGUUGUCCGUUCUCUAAUUGAGGUAGUUUUCAUCUGACAUUCACCAAACUUGGUCAGAAGUUGUAUCUAGAUGAUCUUAAGGCCAAGUUCUAACAUGGGCCUUGCCGGGUCAAUAACAAGGUCACAGGGUCACUUAGUGCGUUUUUAUGCCCCAGGAUCCAUAGAUCGGGGUAUAUUGUUUUUGGCCUUUCUGUCUGUCAUUCUGUCCUAGAACUUUAAGGUUACAGUAAAGUUUUGCAAUAACUUUUGAAAUAUUGAACAUAGCAACUUGAUAUUUGGUAUGCGUGUGUAUCUCAUGGAGCUGCACAUUUUGAGUGGUGAAAGGUCAAGGUCAUCCUUCAAGGUCAAAGGUAAAAACUUUAAUAUAGUUAAGUUUUGGAAUAAAUUUUGAAAUAUUGAACAUAGCAACUUGAUAUUUGGCAUGCAUGUGCAUCUCAUGGAGCUGCACAUUUUGAGUGGUGAAAGGUCAAGGUCAUCCUUCAAGGUCAAAGGUCAUAAAAAAGCGGUGCAUUAGGGGGCAUUGUGUUUCUGACAAACACAUCUCUUGUUGAACAUUCAGCAUAGUGUCCUCUCUCUUGUUCAAGUAGUUUUUAUCCGAUCUUCACCAAACUUGGUCAGAAGUUUUAUCUAGAUGAUCUUAAGGCCAAGUUCGAACAUGGGCCAUGCCAGAUCGAAAACUAGGUCACAGGGUCACUCAGUACGUUUUACACAUUGAGCAUGGUGUCCGCUCUCUAUUUCAAGUAGUUUAAAUCCGAUCUUCUUCACACUUGGUCAGAAGUUAUAAAGAUGAUGUGUAGGUCAAGUUCGAACAUGGGCCAUGCCAGGUCAAAAACUAGGUCACGGGGUCACUUAGUGUGUUUUAAUCCUCACCAUGUUGUCCGCUCUCUAAUUCAAGUAGCUUUUAUCUAAUCUUCACCAAAAUUGGUCAGAAGUUGUAUCUUGAUAAUGUCUAGGGCAAGUUUGAAUAUGGGUCAUGUCGGGUCAAAAACAAGGUCACGGGGUCACUUAGUGCGUUUUAAACAUCACAAUGUUGUUCGCUCUCUAAUUCAGGUAGUUUUCAUCCAAUCUUCACCAAACUUGGUCAGAAGUUGUAUCUAGAUCAUGUCUAGGUCAAGUUUGAAUAUGGGUCAUGCCGUGUCAAAAACUAGGUCACGGGGUCACUUAGUGCGUUUUAAACCUCACCAUGUUGUCCGCUCUCUAAUUCAAGUAGUUUUCAUCCAAUCCUCACCAAACUUGGUCACUAGUAUUAUCUAAAUGAUCUCUAGGACAAGUUUGAACAUGGGCUAUUCCGGGCCUAAAACUAGGUCACGGGGUCACUUAGUGCGUUUUUUAACAUUCAGCAUGGUGUCCGCUCUCUAAUUCAAGUAGUUUACAUCCGAUCUUCACCAAACUUUGUCAGAAGUUUUAUGGAGAUGAUGUUAAGGCCAAGUUAGAACAUUGGCUUUUCUGGGUCAAAAACUAGGUCAAGGGGUCACUUAGUGCGUUUUAAAAAUUGAGCAUGGUGUCCGCUGUUUUUUGUGAAGACGACAUGCAAAAUAUUAUGUGUCAAUGCGGCAUGUGGGGGUAUUCGUCACGUCUGUGACAAAGCUCUAGUUAUUUUUGCUGGAAAUGAAAAUACAGUAGCAUUGUUAACAUAAACAUGAGUGUUGCUAUCUUAUGACACGUGUAUUAUUCAUAGGUAAUUUACUAUUGUGAAUUUGACCUUAUUCAUUUUCCAACUCAUUUGUAUAUACAUAAUACCUUAAUAGGCGAUUUAAAAUAAAUUUUGAAAACCAA